AUGAACAUGAACCAAACGGCAACGGAUAACGCUUCGUCCUCAAAGGAAACUGUGCAGGAUCUGUACGCUGAACCGAAGUUUGUGAAGAAAAAGAGGAAAAAAGAAGUGAGCGAAGGGAUUGAUAAUCCGAUCUGGGAUCCAAAGACUGGCUCGUUAUCGGUCAAACAAAUCAUCUCAACAAUCGUACCGGAACCCAUCCCUAAUCUCGAGAGAAAUUACCAAAGUAAAGUCAACAGUCGACAUCUUGCCUUGCAUCCAACCGACCAAUCUCGAUCGAGGAAUACUCAAAUCGGCAGCUUCAAGCCAAAGAGGAAAUGCCCAACCGAAAGACAAGUCCGAUUCCUUGAACUAGAAAGAUUGAUUGAAGUCGAACAAAAACGAUACCGGUAUCAAGACUUUGUACCACUGCACCAACUAUGGCUUGGCUACAUGUCCGAGCUGUUAGAGCUUCGCUUGAAGAACCUGGACGAACAGACAACCAUCCUGACUAUUCCCACCGAAGGUCCCCUUUUUCGAUCGGAGAAAUUCGCAGGGAUGCCCUCAAUGGCGGCUAUCCAAUCCAAACUACUCAAGGCAGAUUAUCAUGGCGCUCACUUGCUCGUCCACAAGGCUAAGAAUCCUUCAUUGGUCAAUUUGCAAGGGAUCGUAAUUCAGGAAUCUGAACAAACAUUCAAAUUGAUACAGGACGACAACCGAAUAAAAACUAUUCCCAAGGCUCACACCAUCUUCCAAAUGUCACUACCUUUACUCCGAUCACCGUCGGCGACGACCACGCAUACUGACGAGAAAAAUAGUAAUGAAGAAUCAAGUUUCCUGGUGUUCAAGAUCUUCGGCAACCAGUUCACCUUCCGACCCACUGAACGAAUCAACAAAAAAUUCAAAUCAAAAGCGUUCUCUCAAUUGUGA